CGCACCCAGUGCCUUCACCAAGCGCAACUAUUGAGAUGGCCUCGGCCGCUCUUUCCGCCCCUAACUUCGUCCGCGCGGCGCCCGUGGGCAGGGUCGGCGCGCGCCGCGCCGCCAGGCCCGUCCGCGGCGUCGUGGCGGUCCGCGCCGAGACUGGCGAGAAGCAGAUUGCGGGCCUGACGCCGUGCGGGAAGUACCAGGAGCUGUGCAAGGCUGAAAUCCCGACCAAGAUUCCCAGGCACGACUUCCUCAAGCAGAUGUACCGCUACAUGGUCAUCAGCUUCGGCGACAAUGGCCUCGCGUCCUACGGCAAGCGCAUGGAAAUCGACCUCGUGGACGGCGAGGAUGGCCUGACCAACGGGAUGUGCGUGAACAUGUACGGCCUCAAGGACGGCGCCGAGGUUUUGAUCUGCGAGCUGUACUGCGAGAUGGACACCGAGAUGGUCCCGUCGUACGACACCCUCAUGCCGUCGCAGGAUGGCGAGAUCAUCAAGUCCAACCGCAGCGGCAAGGAUGAGUUCGUCAAGGGCAGGUUCUUCGUGAUUCGCAGGCCGGUGCCCAUCGACGAGUCCGCCAACCCGGCGCUCAAGCAGAUGAUCAAGGACAUGACCCUCGCCAUCAACAAGUACUACGCCUUCGGCUCGUGCUUCUCGGAGGACGACACCUAA